AACAAUCCUCUCUGACACAGUCACCUUCUUCUGUGAAGUCAGACUAACAGUCUGUACAUGUCUGAUAAAUGGCGUUGUUCAUCCCUGAUAUGGCUGGUCAUCUGUUUUUGGUAAUCCUCCUUUUCGACAGCUUCCAAUACAUCGAAGCCCAAGGUCAUUACCAAGGCCACUAUCCAAAACCAGACAUUACAGUCCAAUUUGAUGAGGACUUCACCAUCAUCUGUUUGAUUCCUGGAUCCGUCAGUCCUGACACCACCUGUAACCUGUAUGUUGGAGAGGAGAGUCAGCCAUCCUUCACAGCAAAGAUCAAGAAGAGAAAAGCCACCUCAGCAUCCGGACAGGAGUUCUGUCAAUUCACUCCAAAUCAUAGUGAUCUGAUCAGUCGUCUACAGUCAGUGAGGAGUAAGGAGGUGAGCUGUGACUACGGAGUGAGCUCAGGACCAAACUCUCUCUCUCCACGCAGUGAUGGGUACAGCUUUACAGAUCUGGUGGGAGUUUACAUUAGUGAUCCAACAACUAAACCCUUUCCAACAGGUUUGACCUCUCCUUUGACCCCCAGUACAGCACUGAAUCCUACAUCAGUAAGUUCGACUGUUACUUCUACUUUGACCCCUGGCAUCACAGUGAGACCAAUUACAAUUAUCUCACCAGGUUUGACCUCUCCUUUGACCCCCAGCACAGCAGUGAAUCGUACAUUAGGAGGUCAAAGCUCCAAAGAAAUUGUUGUGGAAACAGCUGUGGGAAUAUGGCAGGGAGCAGUGGGUGUGGCUUCUGGAGUGGGCGUGUUGCUGAUGGGAUUGACAGCUGUCUAUCUCUGCAGGAGGACCAAGAAGAACAAUUCUCAGAGACCUACAUCCAGACAGGAUGAUCACAGCCAAUGUGAUUUGGUGAUGGAAGCUAUGAGCAGUGCAGGCAUGUUGGAUCUAAGGGAUGCUGGGAUCUAUUCUCUCAUCACCUCUGUACCGUCCACGUUAUUGCCCUCAGGCCCUGUUGAAGAGAAUGGACAGUCAUCUGAAAAAGACAAUUCUGAUACGUACCACGUAUACAGCUCAAUCCUUGAGAGACCAGAAACCUCAGCACAGCCGGAUGGGUUGUACAGUCUUCUGCAGGCACACUGAAACUACACCACUGGCUUUGUGUAGCAUUGUACAGCUAUGUCUCACAUGUCUCAUACAUGUCUCAUACAAAUACGGCGGACUAUGUAAUUUUGUAAAGACAAAGGAGAUGAUUGUGGACUACAGGAAAAAGUGGAUCGAGCAAGCCCCCAUUCUCAUCGACGGGGCUGCAGUGGAGCAGGUUGAGAGCUUCAAGUUCCUUGGUGUCCACAUCACCAACAAACUAACAUGGUCCAAGCACACCAAGACAGUCGUGAAGAGGGUACAACAAAACCUAUUCCCCCU